AACUGGGCUCUCAUGUUCUUGGUCUAGGUUUCUGGCUGAGUUGACUCUCUCAGGGACAUUUUGAAAUCUGGAAAAACAGACUCAUUUUGUUCACGUUGUUAACGGUAGAUAUUGUAGAGCCGAGGUGCUGGAUAGUGCUGAUGAUCCCUUGUUGUUGGUGAAGAUGAGCGAAGGAUCUUUCGAGUCGGAGGUAUUCACCUCAAAUCCGGAGACAACCUUGGAUGGGGUACUCUACCUUGUCAUAGGGUCCCUCGGUGUUGUCGGUCACUUAGCAACACUGUUGACCUUCAUGAAGGGCAACAUCCUCCAUUCACCCAAACAUGUCCUCCAUCUCCACUUCAACUUGGCUAAUAUUGGUGUCAUUAUCCUCUUUGCUCUUCCUGGCAUGUCACUCAUCAAUGGAAGAUGGAUGUUUGGAGACGACGCAUGUAACUUGUACGGCUUUGUGACAUUUUUCUCGGGACUGUCCGCCAUUGGCUUCAUUGCUGCGCUGGCCUUGGAAAGAUACUUGGUCAACUGCUGGACUGAUUUAUAUUGCCGCCUAUCGGCCGGACACAUCCAUCUGCUGGCCCUACUCAUCUGGGCGCAGGGACUCUUCUGGGCGGCCAUGCCAGCCACGCGGUCGUGGAGCAGAUACGCCUAUGAGCCGGGUCGCAUGACGUGUAACCUGGACUGGACGUCAGCGGACGACAGCCAUGCCUCCUUCAUCAGGACCAUUACCGUCAUCUGCUUCAUCGUACCUUUCACCUCUGUCGCCUUCUGUCUCGCUCUGGCAAACAUGGCAGUCGACAAGAAAGAGGCGGAGGAAGAGAAGGGAGACUGCAUGACGGAAAGACAACUUUUGAAGAUAACUGGGUUCACCGUAGUGAUGGCCUUGCUGACGUGGACACCGUGCGCUUCCAACUGCCUCUACUCUGCAGUGGUGGGCGGCGACAAGAAUCCGUCCUUCAUCAGGGUGGCUGUCCCUGCGCUAGCCGCCAAGGCUGGUACCUCCCUCGUCUCUCUCAUCUACCCCUCACUCAGUCCACAGUUCCGUUACGGCCUGACUAGGAUGCUCGUUGGCACAGACAAGAAAGAACUGUAGAGAUUUGCACAGAGCGAAGAAGACAAAACCGACGACAAUAUAUAUUCCUUGCGUUGACGAUGGCAUAUACACGUACAUGUACUACUAGCGACUUUGCCUAUGGGCAAGACGACUCCUGACUAUAUGAGAUUACAGCAUUGAACUGAUGUUCUACUUUUUGUACUUGACAAUUAACAUUUUAUUCGUAGUGCUGCCACUUAAUUC